UAAAAAAUAUACAAGUUAGUGCUAUUUAUUUAAAGUUUGUUUUAAAAUGCGUGCUGUAAUACAACGUGUGCGAGCUGCUAAAGUUAUGGUGCUAGAUGAGCUUGUGUCCUCCAUUGGACCCGGUCUAUGCGUACUGGUGGGCAUUAAGGCUAGUGAUACAACAACAGAUGUAGAAUAUCUCGUGCGCAAAAUUCUAGCACUGCGUCUCUUUGAGGAAGAUGGCAAACGUUGGCAAAAAUCUACCAAAGAUUUACAACUGGAAAUACUGUGCGUUUCGCAAUUUACGCUUUAUCAUCGCCUUAAAGGCAACAAGCCAGACUUUUCAGCGGCCAUGAAAGGCGAGGACGCACAGCAACUAUAUAAUCACUUCCUGGAACGUCUGCGGCAGUCAUAUGACAGCAAUAAAAUCAAAGAUGGUAAAUUUGGUGCUUAUAUGCAAGUGCAUAUAGAAAAUGAUGGACCAGUCACCAUAGAGCUGGAGUCCCCCCAGCCUAAACAAGAAGAGGAAUGUGUAGAUAAAUAAAUUCUUUCGUUUUACCACGGUUUUUUAACUAUGUUUAUUUU